AUGAUCGUUUUAGUACAACAAAUUUCGUUUGCUCCCGUUCCCAAUAAUAUUGUUUUUCUACAGGGGUACUUGCUGUACGCCGCAGCUACUCAUGAUGGCAAACGAUCUCCGGAUCAUGUGCAUCAGUAUCCCCGCCCUUCUCCCCGGUUUGUCGGUCAGCUCUCAGCUGUAUCUGCAACGAUGCCGACAGCGGCGGGAACAACUGCAGCCCCAACAGCGACAGCAGCAUCUGCGGAUGCUCCCCAUCCCAGACGCGGAUCGGCACAGCAAAGGCAAGAGCAGAUAUUGUCAUCAGGGUCAGCAGCAGAAGCGCAAACAACAGAGCCACACGCUCUCCAUGGGCUGCAAUCCCUUCAACGGCUCCCGCAUGACGCGCAUCUCCCUCCUCCACUUGCCUCUGGACGGUAUACUUGCGAGGAUAAAUUUAACAAGACGGCACUGAUUGAGGCAGAGGUGACCCCAAAGCACACACCACGUUGUUUGGCUGUUAGUGGUGGGUUGCUGGAGAACGAGAAGUGUUCCAAAGUAAUCAGUGCACAAGAAGUUUCGGCACCAACGACGUCACGCAGGUUGACCGCUAUUUCGCACGCAGAGGAUGGAACAACUGCGGCAACACUCCCUGUUCGUAGUACCGGCACUCCGUGUGGUGCCGGUGCCAGUAUCGAUCCGUUUCUUGCCGCUACGCUGCUGCAACACCUGUCUCGUACACAGCAUAACAAGGACCCAGAACUGUUGUCUAGGCUGCUAGCAUCCGUUUCGGCGGCGACGGCAAACCACGGGCAGCAGCAGCGCAAGCUGCUCCAUUCUGAACAAAAUAGUUCUCGGCUUCCAGACAGUUCCCGUGUCUCUGUAACAGCAGACUCAGCGAGUAGUGGACUUGACACUAGCGUUGAAUCUGCAGUGGUUGUGGCCGGCGCUGAAAAGGAAGUGGUUACAACCGCCGCGAACUCCUCUGAAGCAUCACUUGGGGCUGCUGCAUCCGCAGCAUUUCCAGCCGAGUUAAGCGCUACUGAGGCUACAGUGAGGAAUCAUCGUGUCUUCCAUGUAGGCACCCAUGAGCUGCGUGAAAGCUGGGCAACGUAUGCUGCAGCGGUGGUCGCUGCAGCAGACGCCCUCUCCCCACGCUGGGGCAGUGCCAAAAAACGCAGCCAUUUUGGACCGGUUGCCAAAGCUUCUCGUAAACAAAAUCCUGCGGACCACAAGCCCGGGAAAACAAGACUUCGCAUUAACACAGCACUGUCGGGAGGGAUAUCGAAACCUGCAGGAUUCACCGUAAUUCCAACUGACCAGGACAUGAUAAGGAGGCUGAAAGAGCAAGGAUUUCACAGGGCAUUGAUGUUCGUGACUUUGCCUUGGCGUGCCUUCGUGUCUCAAUUCAGAAAAGUCAUAGACCUUGGCACACAACUGCCGACUUCCGCCGGCGGCAAUCAGCUACCGCGAAAGAGUCGCGGUACAGGGAACAGCUUUGUGCCGGCAGGUGCAGAGGUUGCUAGAACAAGAACAAAAGGAGAGGCACGUUUGGCACACCUCUAUCGCGUCUGGGGCUUUAGUGGACCUCCGGGUCUCUCCAGACUACGGCGCCGCCAUCUGCGCCGACUUGUAAUGAAGAUGAGCACUGCAGUAUCUGGAACUCCACAUCCUUUAAUAGAAGGAUCAAUGGCGGCCAACGUAGAGGGACUCUGCGGGAAGGAUCGGGAAAGGGCAGUUGGAGCUGCACCUGGUGGAAGGAAGAGGAACAUUCUCUACGGAAAGCCAUUCCAGGUGGCUUCUCUUUUGUCGCGCCAUUCUCUGCCGCCCAUUGGUGUCGAGGUGGCGGCAUCUGCCGUGACAGACGCUUCUGGAAAGGGGCCUUCGCCUCGACUCACCGAGACGGCAUUACCAGAGUGGCAGGUGCAGCACCAACCCGCUUGGCACCCGAAGUUCCCUUUUGGCAUUUCAUUUGCCGAUACUGCAGGAACGCAGGCACUGCUUGUUGACACGGGUCCACUACUUCCUCCUGUUUUGCCCGGAGAUGCACCUUCCUCGCUGACGAAGCAGGUGAAACAGCAAUAUGACAAGAAGAUGAGAUGUGCAGCGCAGGCGAAAGCUUUUUUGCAGCGGCAUCAGCACCGUCGGGAGAACCUGACAACGCGCAUUGGUUCUCCGUCUGUUGGCGCAUGUACUGCAACUUCAGCAGAAGUAGCAAAUCCAGCAACCAUUCCGGCGCCUGGACAACCCUCACAAUCUCCUCAACUUUCGACACUUCAGGCAGCUUCAGUGAUGUGCCCACGGGAUUCAGUACCAUCAGCUGCCAGGCGGAAGUUAGGAUUGACUGCAAAGGAGGAGCAACACAGAAGUCGUCUACUGCAUGCCGCAGCAGGUGCUCUGUCUGCAGCAGCUAGUAUGAGGGUAUUAAGUCUGCGAAUUGCGAGACCCUUUGUGGUGCAGCUGCCCUUGCUAUGCGAAGUGACGCUGGUGGUGCUGCGGCAUGCCUACAAUCCAGAACUUCGCACUUAUGACUUGCGCAUUCAGGAGUCCUCGCUUCCUGACACUCUGGCAACAAGCGGCAGCCGAUGCGGCGCCAUUCGAGCAUGUCUCAACUCAGCAUAG